UAGCCCGUGAAAUCAAUGGUGGCCCAUUGGUCUCUCCAGAUCCCCCGGAGAACCCCAACUGCCUCGCUGGAAUGGAUCAGCCGCACCUGCACCUGGGCCUGCCCUGCCCAGAGCAGUGGAAAGGUCAGCAGGGCGGGACUAAAGUCGGGCGGUGCAAGGAAGGAGGAGGGCCGCCGAGUGGUAGCACGUGACCUGGAUCUGGAGCCGGAAGCUGCUUCUGGCAGGGAGCGCCCCCCAGCACCUAAGGCUGCGAUGACUUCUGCACUGACCCAGGGGCUGGAGCGAAUCCCAGACCAGCUUGGCUACCUGGUGCUGAGUGAAGGCGCGGUGUUGGCGUCAUCUGGGGAUCUAGAAAAUGACGAGCAGGCAGCCAGUGCCAUCUCUGAGCUGGUCAGCACUGCCUGCGGUUUCCGGCUGCACCACGGCAUGAGCAUCCCCUUCAAGCGCCUGUCGGGCAGCUGGGUGGUGAAAGAGGUGAAGAGGUCAGGAGAGUCAGAGGCAGCCCGCGGCGCCAGCGUCCCCUUUAAGAUCUGCCCGCCUGGGCGUUGUGCAUGAAGCCCACCACGUCAUCUAGCCCCCAGCACAGGGCAUCUGCCAACAGGACCAGUGACUCAUCGAAGUACUCAGCCACCAAGACCAAGUCAAAGACAGAGUCCAGCCAGGCCAGACUCCACUGGAUGAAGGAUGAAGAUCCCAAAUCUGAAGAAGCAGGGCUGGAUGUCCUACUGUGACCGUCAGCAAGGGUGGGAACAGGAUGGAAGAGAGCGUUAGGAUCCAGGGUGUGGGCUGGAGGGCCAGCACCAGAAGGCAAGACACGCAGCUGUGGGGCCUUGGGGUCUCUGGGGGGGCGAGGAUUCCCUCUUUUGGUCCUCAUCUCUGGAGGGAAGGGGAGGCCAAAGUCAAACCAUAGCAAGUUGCGCGCAUAGUGGUCUCCACGGGCCCCUGGCCGGUAGAAGGCUCGAGGAUUGGCCAGGAAGGCAGCCAAGGAGGGUGCUUUGCGGAAAGCCGAUGAGGUGGAUUUAUAGUAGGAGAAGGCAGAGCGGGUCAGAGCUGCUGGGUCUCGAACAAUGGAAAAGAAGAAGCUGUCAGAAGGCAUGACCUGAAGUACCUGCAGAGGAGAGAAAACAGACUUAGGGAGAGAGAACUAGGCCAGGAACAAACUAAGAGCAAACCCAGUGCCUGCUGAACCCCCAGCCUCUUCCAGCCUCCUUCUGACAGCUCUGCUGGGAACCUCUCAGCUUCCUUCACUAGCUGCACAGAUCUUGGGUAAGGCACUUGACAUCUCUGAGACUCAGUUUGCUCAUCUGCAAAAGGGGAGCCAUCCUACCUUCCUUGCAGAGGUAUGCGAUUGCAGAGAUUACAUGAGGUAAGGAUGUGAAGGAGCCUGGAACGUGGGAAGCUCCUGGAGAACAUUAAUUUCCUUGGGCCUUUCUGUCUGCCUUGGUCAGUAAAACCUCUGGGAAUUAAACUCUGUGUUCAGUU